GGCGGCAGAGUCAAACUGAAAUGGGUAGAAAGAAAAUCCUUUCUUAAAAUACGUGUAAUGUGUUUUCAUCGUAAGGGCUGGUAAGUACGGAGCCCGUCCGGUCACAUCGGAGUAAAAAAGAAAAGAAAAAUCUCGGCCACUACUUCAUAACGUAAUUUCCCAUUAUGAAAAACUCUAAGGCAACACCGCAGCGCUCUGCUCAGGAAGAAUGUGGAAUUUGGUUGGACACGGUGCAACUGAAAGAAAAGGCUAAAAAGAAACGCCAUGCUCGUCCCAUCUCUAAACUGCUGAAUCCCUUGGCUAAAGGUGGAGGGUACAGUUUGGCUGUAGCCCUGAACUUCACUCAGACUAAAAUGGAGAUGCCAAAAACUAAACAGAGUUCCAUAUCUGCUUUUUUUUCACCUAAACAUAGAGUUCUCCACAAGAUGUCUUCCGUUCAAGCACCAAGCCUGGAUCUGGGGCAGCCCUCGAUGCCGUCCACCACCACCAGACCCGUCACUGUUUCAUCUGUGAAAAAGCGAGCGCGUGAAAAUUGUUCUGAAAACUUGGAUUUGGAGUCUGAUGCUGGUAUGGAUGAUAAUUUGGAAAAAGAAAAUGUGGCAGAGACCAACACAACUACAUGGCGCAAUGAAAGAACCCACUAUUCAUCUUCACUAGAUGGUAAAUCUGCAGAGUAUCGACCCCCUCAGUGCAAGCGGAGGCUCCUUGAGCCCUCACUGCUGGAUGAUGAGAGUCAAAUCGCUCCACAGCCAUGGAGUCAGGACCCUAUGUUCACCUUUAGUGAGUACUCUGAGGACGUAAGCAGCUCAGGGUCUAAUUUUAUAAACAAUACUCCGAAUUCAGAGAUCUUUGGAAAUUUUAAAGAGGGAACGACAUCAACUCAGAAACCUGAAACUGAAAACUCUUUUCAUUUAAAAGACGGGAAAGAAAAUAGCAGAUUAAUCUCCUCUAAGUCUCCAAGUAAAUAUAUUUCUUUAUCUCAUGCUGGAGCUUGGUCAAAUCAUAAGUGGGCAGAGGUGAAAAACGCUUCACCACGAAAACAAACUGAUCACUUGGGGAGCAGUGUUGUAAAGGAAUUGCAUUUUGACUCAUUGUGGAGGAACAAAAGAAGCUCUCCUCUUAAGAAACAGCAGAAAUGCAGGGAAGCAGACGAGAACAGUUUGGCCAUGUUGUUCACUCAGGACUCAGAGGGCUUCAGGGUGAUAGCACAUCGAGGCCUCCAGACCAGGAGCCCACUCAAGGAUCAGAGUAACCUGAGCCCUGGAUUGGUGAGAAAUUACAAACCUGUGGAGGAGGAGGAAGAUGAAGACGAAGAAAUGCUCUUUACCCAAGACUCUCAGGGAAACAUGGUGAUCAAACACUAACCAACGCCUCUGUGUCAAAAUU